AUGUCGCGCUCCUUCUAUGUCGACUCGCUCAUCAUCAAGGAUUCUUCCAGGCCCGCACCCUCGCUUCCUGAACCGCAUCCCGGGCCGGAUUUCUUCAUCCCCCUUGGCAUGCCGUCCCCGUUGGUGAUGUCCGUGUCUGGGCCCGGCUGCCCGUCCCGCAAAAGCGGAGCUUUCUGCGUGUGCCCGCUCUGCGUCACUUCGCACCUGCACUCCUCGCGCGCGCCCGCGGGCGCCGGGGGCGGGGGCGCGGCAGCCGGGGGUACCGGGGUCGGGGGUGGCGGGCCAGCAGGAGGUUCUGGGGCCUUGCCUCUGCUCAAGAGCCAGUUCUCUUCGGGUCCUGGGGACGCACAGUUUUGCUCGCGGUUGAGCCACGCGCACCAUCACCACCACCCGCAGCACCAUCACCAUCACCCGCCCCAGCAGCCCGGCUCGGCGGCGGCGGCGGCGGCGGCGGCUGCAGCGGCCGCGGCGGCGGCAGCGGCCUUGGGGCACCCGCAGCACCACGCACCUGUCUGCGCAGCCACCACCUACAACGUGGCGGACCCGCGGAGAUUCCACUGCCUCGCUAUGGGAGGCUCGGACGCCAGCCAGGUAACCAAUGGCAAGAGGAUGAGAACGGCGUUCACCAGCACGCAGCUCCUGGAACUGGAGCGGGAAUUCUCCUCCAAUAUGUACCUGUCACGGCUGCGGAGGAUCGAAAUCGCUACCUACUUGAACCUGUCGGAAAAGCAGGUGAAAAUCUGGUUUCAGAACCGCCGGGUGAAGCACAAGAAGGAGGGCAAGGGCACCCAGAGGAACAGUCACGCGGGUUGCAAGUGCGUCGGCGGCCAGGCGCACUACGCGCGCUCUGAGGACGAGGAUUCCUUGUCGCCAGCCUCUGCCAACGAUGACAAGGAGAUCUCUCCCUUAUGAGUGGUGGGGCACCCUCUCAC